CCCCUCACAGAGGCUCUAUUCCCAUCACUGGUCUGGACAACACAGAGUCAACAUGACAAUGACUGCCCUCCUGCUCCUGGUGAUGGUCGCUCACUGCAUCGCUGUGCCUAUCCCCGGCGCCGAGACGGACAAGAGGCUACAAGCAGAGAAAUACCUCAGCCGUUUCUACAAUCUCCCCGCUGGUCUGCUUGGAGCAAGGAAAUCUUCAGACGUUCUGCAGACCAAACUAAAGGAGAUGCAGGCUUUCUUCAACUUAAAGGUGACUGGGAAACUAGAUGCCGAAACCUUUGACACAAUGAAGCUGCCCAGAUGUGGAGUCCCAGAUGUGGGGGAAUACAACGUCUCCCCCAGGAAGCUCAAGUGGCCCAACAACAAUCUCACCUUCAGGAUAGAAAACUUCACCCCCGACAUGAAGAAGGCGGACGUUGAGAGAGCAAUCCGACAGGCCUUCAACGUGUGGGCCUCAGUCACCCCCCUCACUUUCAAGAGGCUCCACAGUGGUAUCGCUGACAUCAUGAUCAGCUUCGCAGCACGUGACCAUGGAGAUUUUAAUAGUUUUGACGGGCCUAAUGGCUUACUGGCCCAUGCCUAUGCCCCUGGCAAGGGCAUCGGGGGGGAUACACACUUUGACGAGGAUGAAAACUGGACCAAAGAAUCAAACGACUACAAUUUGUUUUUGGUCGCGACACACGAGUUUGGACAUGCCCUUGGCUUGGAACAUUCCAGAGAAGCAGGCUCUUUGAUGUUUCCCACCUACUCAUACAGCCCGGGAUUCCCCCUGUCUGAGGACGAUAUUGAUGGUAUUCAAGAACUUUAUGGGCCAAACCCCAACAGGAAAGUGAAGCCCAAACCUGACGCACCAAAGAAAUGUGACCCCAUGUUGAGCUUUGAUGCCAUCACAGAGUUGAGAGGGGAAACCAUCCUCUUCAAAGACAGGUUCUACUGGCGUAUCCACCCCCAGAUGCCGGAGCCGGAGCUGACGCUGAUCCGUUCCACCUGGCCCGCCCUGCCCAAGGAGGUGGACGCGGCCUACGAGAACUCUGACAAGGACAUGGUCGUCAUAUUCAGUGGAAUCAAGAUGUGGGCACUGAGUGGAUACGAUAUGGUGGAGGGUUACCCGAAGUACAUCCACAAACUCGGUCUCCCCAAGAAAGUGAGGGAGAUUGACGCUGCGGUGCACAUCCCCGAAACGGGCAAAACACUGCUCUUCACCGACGAACAGUACUGGAGCUACGAUGAAAGGACCAGCACCAUGGACGUUGGCUUCCCGAGAGCAAUUGAGUUGGACUUCCCUGGAAUAGGAAAGGAGGUGGAUGCAGCGGUUUAUGACUCCGGUACCUUGUAUUUCUUCCACGACUACAUGAGGUUUGAGUACAGCUACAGGUCAAGGAAGGUAAUUUCUAUUGUUAGAGCCAACUCCAUUCUCAACUGCUGACAACGUUAAGAGAAUCUCCCUGCCUUCUUGAGAAACCAUUUGUUAAAUGCAAAAAUAUGAUAUACAAUAGUUGAAAGGGGGGAUAUUUUUAAUUUGAUUGUUUUUUUGUGCUGGACACUUAUAAUGUCAAUGUUGUCAGACACAGAAUUCUGGUCAAUUCUACGACUGCUGAAUGCUUUUUAGCUAUUUAUUUCUUUCAGAUCUUUUAAAAUGUUUUAAUAUAUAUAUCUAUAUAUAUCUAUAUAGAUACAUAUAUCUGUCUAUAUAUAUAUAUAAUAAUAAUAAUUAUAAUAAUAAUCUUUAUUUAUAAAGCGCUUUUCUAAACAGAGUUACAAAGUGCUUUGCAGAAAAAAGAAUAUACCCCUAUAUAUAUACCCUGCUGUGACAUUCGUGCUAAGGAAGAUUGUUUUUAAUAUGUAUGUUUCCUGGAAAAAGGUAACACAAAAUAAAGGUACAAAACAAAUGAUGUGUGCUUUGUAUAAAUUAGUUAGAAAAUAGAAACAAGAACUUAGUACUUUAAAAACACUUUUUAGGCAAUCUUGAAUAUUGUGUUUGAAUACAUUAUUCUGCAGUCAUCAAGGUCGACAAAUUAUAAGGUUCUAAAUAAUCCUAGUGUUUGAGUGUGUUGUGCCAAGGAGUAAAAUGUUAGACACGCACAACUCUUUCGAUAGAAUGUUUUUAAUUUUCCAAAGACUGCCUCAUUGGUUCCUGCCAGAACUGCCAAUUCAGGGAAACAAAAAUAUAUAUUAUAUCUAACAUGAUAGCCUGUAAUGAUUAUUUUGAUCCUGAGGUAAUGAUGCGGGCGUUUGCUAAGAUGUGUUACUUAAUGUACCCCACUAGGUGGCAAUCUUCUUAAGUAUUUCAGAUUGAGUCAGCAGAAACUCCAUUUAGCCCACACUGUACCUCCACCUAAGAGAUUGUAAUUUUUUCUAAUAAACAUUGUUAUGAGAUACAAUUGUUGACUCCA